GUGCACACGCGCGGGGCGGGCGGGCGAGCAGAAGGGAGAGAACCCGCCAGCAAGCGUGUGGGUGCGCGUACUGCCGGCAAGCCCGCGGGCACGGACCCUGACUUUGGCGAGCCGCUGCGGAGCUGGCCAAGUGGCCGGCCGCUCCCGCCCCAGCCGCUGAUGCUCCGGGCAGGGCAGCCGCCGGCGAUGCUGUGCUGCAUGCCCGGCGUGGCUUUCGUCCCCGCUUUGCUCGUCGUCUGGUCCUCCGCUGCCUUCAUCAUCUCUUACGUGAUCGCUGUCCUGGCGGGACACGUCGAGCCUCUCGUCCCCUACAUCAGUGACACUGGAACUAAACCUCCAGAGAGUGGUGUCUUUGGGUUUAUGAUUAACAUUUCAGCACUUUUAGGUAUAAUUACAAUGUGCAUCAGGUAUUUAUUGAUAGAGAAGCAAAAUGAGUCAUCGCAUUUUGUUAGGUCUUCGUGCAACAUGUUUUCCUUAUGUAUUGGAUUGAUGGGCUGUAUUGGAAUGGGCAUAGUUGCAACUUUUCAGGAGCUGUCUGUUCCCAGUGUUCAUGACAUAGGAGCUUUGGUGGCGUUCGGCUCCGGUGUUGUGUACAUCACACUUCAGUCUAUAAUCUCUUACAAGUCCUGUCCACAGUGGAACACUUACUUGGUGUGUCACCUAAGGAUGGCCAUAUCUGUAGUAUCAUGCAUUGCUUUCAUUCCCAUGAUUGUGUUUGCUUCACAAAUUUCCAUGACAAAAAUUGAUUGGACUCCAGAUGAAAAGGAUUACACUUACCAUCUUGUGAGUGCAAUCUGUGAAUGGACAGUGGCCUUUGGCUUUAUCUUCUUCUUUUUGACGUUCAUUAGAGAUUUUCAGUUCACAUGUAUGCCAUCUUGGCAGUAAAAUGGAGCUGAUAGUGCUUAAAGGAGCUGUAACAUUCCCCUCUCCAUGCACCAGAGAACCAAAACCUGGAGACAUCCCUCCUGGAAAAUGAAACUUUUGCAGAAAUACUUUUCUAUGCUCUGUUCAGCAAAAAUUGGGGUGGUUUUUUUUGUUUGUUUUUGUUGGUUUCUUUUCCCCUUUCUUCCUUCCUUCUUUCAUACGCAGCACAAACCAUCUACAAAGUGAAUUACAGGUGGCUUCCUGAGAGUGAUGAUCCAGGGACAGCAGACUUAGGAUGUUUUCUGUUUACAAAUCCUAACCAAGAGGCUUCUUUUCCCUCUCAUGUAACUUUGCAAAACUGCCUUGAAAACAACAAUCAAGCCACAAAGAUUAUUCAGCUACUGGUUUCCCAAAAUUACUAUGAUAUAAUUCAGAUAUUACAUGCCCGAGUAUUUUGGGUUUUAAAUGGUUUUUUUAUUCUCAUUUGUGUUUUGCUAAAGAAUGAUUUUUGUGAGGCUGACCUAAUGUGUUUGUGAUUUCCCCCUAGGACUCUUGAAUGGAAGUACUAGGGAGAAGAAAAGCUUUUAUGUGGCUUUCCCUUCCUCAUUUCUUCUUUACUGAUCUAGAACCAUCUGAUCUUGGCUUGUGCCUAAAGGCAAAUAGACCAGAGCUGCAACUAUGGUGUAAUGGUUUCAGUGAUUUUACAGGAGGUUUCAUCACAAUGUUUCCCCUUCUUCUCAAAUCUUGAGUAACAAAAAAACCAUAAACCAAAGCAAAAACACUUCAGAGCAAGGUGAGGAGAAGCCAGGAAAUGGUUUGUGAUGGCAGGAAUUAGGGGAACUUAGUUGAAAUUAGGGAUGGUAAAGUGUAUUGCUCUCACUCCAUGACUUAAUGAGCUUCAACAACAAGCUUAUCAUUUAAAGAUGCUUGGGACUGCUGAAAAGAAAAUUUCUGAUCUCUGAAAACACUGAAGUUUUACUGGAUUUUUUUCCGUCAAAUUACCAGCUGCUAUAGUUAAAAAGAAAUCCUGUCAUCAUCUAUUUUGUUGAUUCUUUCAAGAAAAAGAGUAUAACUUGUGGACUAAAACCUUAUGUAGGUCACCAAGGUUGCAUAAAAUACUGUGUAAAUGCUGUCAUAAAACCAAACAAAGCAAAAUUAUUCUGUCAUAAAUAACAUGUGGUUACCAUUUGUUUACAAUAUAGUCCAGCUAUCAAAACAAGUUAAACAUUUUGAUAAAUGGUUCACAGUCAUUGUAAAGAACACAGAUUAGGGGAGGUAUAUCCAACAUCUGCUGUUCUAGUGUCAGCAGUACUGCUGAACCUCAGCUCCCUCUGCCCAGGCAUUAUGCAAGCUACCAGAGCACUCUCCGGUCAAGCUCUAUAGGUUAAUUGUAUAUGCUGCUCACUGCACUUUCCACUGAUGAUUUGAUUCCACUGAAGCCAUCCUAAUAUUUUUUAAAAAAGAAAAGAAAUGCAAUGAGUUCUCUCUUUGCUUCAUUUUCUUCUUUAUAAAAGAAAGAAUUUAUAAAGAAGAGUGGGAUUUGGGAUUGAUAAUACGUCAUUUUCUUAACACACAAAUUACUUAAGAUCAGCAAUUGUAAUUUGUCUGGAGAAUA